AUGUCACAUGAAGAUGUGGAGAGAAAAUCAGAGGUGCGUGCUACGUUGGAUCGACCAUUGAGAAACUAUUCGUCAGUGGCUAUUUUACAGUGUUACAUUGAUUCCAUGGUGGAUCCUAGAGGUUGGGAAGAGAUGUCGGGGCAGGGCACUGAUAAUGUCACCUAUGUGGAGUUUGAGAAUGUUGGACCUGGGUCAAACAUGGAUGGUAGAGUGGAAUCGCAUGGUGUUAGAUUUCUUGGCAACCAUAAUCAAGCACUUGUUUUCACGGCUUCCUAUUUCUUGGAUGUUGACCCUUGGAUUCACACUAGAGGUGUUCCUUAUGAUAGUGAAAUAUAA